AUACAUAUAUGGAGAUAUAAAGACAACGUGAAGAAGAUAAUGACAGUUCUGUAAAAACAUUCCGUGUUGACAAAUUUUUUCAUUUCAAUUUUUUAGAUUCUUACUCUGUUAUUAUCAUCAUAAAUAAGUUUUAUAACCUAAAAUUAGAUUAUUUAUUUUCUUCAAAUGAAUAAUAAAUUUUAUUCAUAUUAGGAUCUUAGUAAAAAAAAAAAAAUUAUAUAAUGUCAAUUUACGAUAUUGAUAAAUUGCACUUUGCACUUCGAUAAAAAUGUUUUAUUAAGUAAGUGACGAAAUAUAGUGAAAAAAAAGUGGAAUUAUUAAAGUUUAUAAAUUAGUAACGAGUUAAUAAUAAAUCUUUGUGGGGAAUAAGAUUUGUCAAUUUUUUAUUUUUGUUUUGACGUUGUUAAUUAUAUUUUGUAAAAUGCCUGCAAAGUUGAGUAAAUUUAAUAUCGCAGCUUCUUGUAAAGAUUAUGUACAUCCUUGGCAAGAUUCAUGUAUUAGUGCAACAGCUGGUCUAGGUCUUCAUGCUCUUCAAGAGAGUUUUCGAAUUUACGCUACUGUUUAUUUUAUCACACUCUUAUUAAAAGGAAAAGUACCUUCAAAAAAGGAUAUUAAAAUUACAUUGAAGAGUAUUUUACAAUCCACGGCCUUUUUAUCAUGUAGUGCAUUUACGUUUUCUAUGUUUAUCUGUACUUUGAGACGGAUUCUAGGUGACUUUAAUGUAUUGACGGUGUCAUUUAUUCCAUCAUUUUUAUCUAGUUUUGCUGCAAUUAUUUUAGAACGUCCUUCUAGGAGACCGUUAUUGAGUCUUUAUGUUUCCAAUAUAGCUACAGAAACAUUGUUCAGAAUGGCUGUUUGGAGAGGAUAUAUUUCACCAAUUUCUUAUGGUCAAGUUUAUAUAUUUGCCAUGAGUAUGACAGUUUUACUUUAUUACUAUCGUAGCAAAGAAAUCAAACAGGAUUCAGUAUUUAGGAUAAUUAGAAUUUUAGUCGGACAAUAUGAGGAUGAGAAAUUUUUUAGAGAAAAACAACAAUUAGAAAUUAAUCAAAUAGAAAUGAAUGAUGAAUUGAAAAAAAGUUCAUCUAAUGAAAAUAUAAAGAAAAUAUCGAGAGUACAAAAUCAUGGGUUUUUUAGCAUUCUAAUGAAAGCUCUUAAUGUAUAUAAAUGUCUAAUAGAAAAAAUUAAGUCACAAAGUAAGCAUAUAUCCUGUCCACAUUCCAACAGUUGUGUACAUUAUAUUCUAACGGGGAGUAUGAAAUUAUUUAGUUAUGGAUUAGGCGCUCAAUUAGCACUUAAAUUAGUUUUCAAACUUGGACAAUUAAUGCGAAGGCCAAAAUUAUUGAAGAACAUUGUUUUCAAGAGGGAAAAUUUAAAAUUACCCAUAUUUCUUAGUGGAUUCUCAGGCAUUUUUAGGUUGAUGUCAUGUUUGUUGAGAAGAUCUUUUGGUUACGAUUCACCAAGUCAUGCUAUUCCUGCAGCAUUAAUUGCAAGCAUUAGUUUUGUCAUUUAUCCAGAUAUCACGGCCGCUCUUUAUGUUAUGUGGAAAGCAUUACAGAUUCUAUGGAACGAUGGAGUAGAAAAAGGAAAAGUACCUGAAGUUAAAUGGUUCGCUAUAUUUUUGUACUGUUUUAGCACUGCUGUUCUCUUUCACGCAGCAAUAGUUGAACCACAAAAUUUAAGAUCUUCAUAUUGGAAGUUCUUAAUAAACAUAUCAGGAGGAAGGAUAGCAGCAAUGUCUCGAUUGCCACUUGACGAAUUUGGAUUAGAAACUAGUCAAUUUCUUCAACAAGUUCUUAAAAAAACAAACACUACUGAUAAAUACAAUUAUUCCUUUUAAAAAUAUUUUAAUUCAAUUUAAUUUAUUGUCAUAGACACUUUUUUUGCUGCAAGAUCAAUGAUAAUCUUAUUUAUUUCAGACAUUUUCUAUUCUUUAAAUAUAAUAAUAAUAAUAAUAAUAAUAAUAAUAAUAAUAAUAAUAAUAUACAUAAAAACACGGAAUAUCUUGAAAAUAUAUCUAAAUGUCGGAUAUAUUUUUAUUAAUUUUAUCAUCUGCUUUUUAGCAACAAUUUAUAAAAAUUAAAUAGAGCAUAAAAUUCCAAUAUAUUUUGAGAUAAAAGACUUCACAUGAGAAUAUUCUAUAAAGAACAUGGUAAUUACGUUUGUAAUUUAUUUAUUGAUAAUUUUAUAUAAUGAGGGAAAGAAUUGAGAACAAAUUUUCGUGUUUGUAAACAUCGCGUUGUUAUAAUAAUGUUAAUUAUCUUUUUUUUUUUUUUUUUAUAAAUUAUAUGAUAUAUUUAUUGUUGGAAGAUAGUUUCAUUGGUAUAUUAGUUGGUGCUAAUUAAAUAAAUAAACCUAUAGUGAACUGUU